CGUCACUCCGCGCAAGCGCACUCUUCCACUGUGGUUCGUCCUCUGCAGUCGGUAAGUGUGCAAUGGCAGAUUGAAUGAGAAGCCUACUUCUACAAAUCCCUUUUCAUCCUCUCUCCUAACUCCACUUUGUAGCGCGCAAAGACCCGGGCUUUAACCAGAUUUGACCAAACCGGCUAAUACUACUAAAACAGAAACAUGUACGCCUGUGCAAAGUUCGUCUCCACGCCGGCCAUGCUCCGCGCUGGUUCCCGGGCUCUUUACAGACCCCUCUCUGCCUCAGUGCUGUCCAGGCCUGAGCUCAACACAGAGAGCACUGUUGCUCUGAUGCCACAGAGCCCCCUCUCCCUGGCCACACUGAGGGGCUUCCAGACCAGCGCUGUCAGCCGGGACAUUGACACCGCUGCCAAGUUCAUCGGAGCUGGAGCCGCCACAGUCGGAGUCGCUGGAUCCGGAGCUGGAAUUGGGACCGUGUUCGGCAGUCUCAUUAUCGGCUAUGCUAGGAACCCAUCUCUGAAGCAGCAGCUGUUCUCAUAUGCCAUCCUGGGAUUUGCUCUGUCUGAAGCCAUGGGACUGUUUUGUUUGAUGGUCGCUUUCCUUAUCCUGUUCGCUAUGUAAAACUCUGCUGUCAAACAACACUUUCAUUACAAAUGUGACUACAUAUUUUAUUGUGGCAACCAACAUUGUUGUACAUUUUCAAGUCUUUCAGACACUGUCAAAAUAAGCAGAGCAUGUAUUGUACAAAUGUAAGAAAUUACGUCAUUAAAAUACAUGUAUUUGACUAUUUAACAAUGGCAGUACAACUUUUAUGUCUGGAAUUUCAAGCUAGCAAAGUAGAGGGCAGUGUGCUUUUUUGAAUGUCAUCCUUUCUGUGAAGCAGCUGCUAAGACUCGCCAUGAAUCAGCUUUGUUUUCUCAUCACAUGCAAGCUUUGGGGUCCACCUUCAUUACUUCUUGGUACAGAUGCAGGUAAAUAGUACUGUAUUUAAGGCAGCACGUGAGUGCUUGCUGUUGUAAAUGUAAAUUAAAUAAAUCUAGAUGGUUUCAUUACGCUAUA